AUGCUUGUGGGAGCGACGAGCACACGCUUCCCGCCGCCCCCGCGGGGAGGUGUUGACUGGUCGACGCAAUCCGCGGAUACCUUCACCCACAGCCAUGUCGAAUCUCGACGGUGCGCCGCGACGGGCGAUUGGUCUCAACCGGUGCUGGUAGAAGAUCCGUAUCUGCGUGUACACGGUCUCGCGCCCGUCUUCCACUACGGUCAGGAAGCCUACGAGGGUUUGAAAGCUUUCCGCACACCUCACGACGAGAUCCGCAUUGUCAGGCCCGACUACCACGCGAGGCGAUUCCGUCAGUCGGCCGAACUCGUCUCGAUCCCUCCAGUCCCACACGACGUCUUCCUCCGCAGCGUAGAGAUGGCCGUGGCCCACAAUGCCGAGUUCGUGCCUCCCAACGACGAAGAGAGCAUGCUGUACAUACGCCCCGUCGUCUUCGGCACGGGGGGGUCCAUGCAGCUCAAGCCGAGCGACGAGUACCUCUUUUGCGUCUACGUCACCUGCGCGGGGGCCUUUUACGGCUCAGAGGCUCUGGACUGCCUCAUCCUCGAGGACUUUGACCGGGCGGCGCCGAGGGGAACUGGCUCGGGCAAAGUGGGCGGCAACUACUCCCCCGUGAUGCGGUGGAGUCGGCAGGCCAAGGAGAGAGGAUUCGACAUUACGCUGCACCUCGAUAGCCAGACACGGAGCGAGGUGGAGGAAUUCACCACGUCGGCUUUUCUCGGCAUCCGCGUCCAAGAAGGGAGCACCCCGACUCUGGUGGCCCCCGACACGAAGAACGUCGUGGACAGUGUCACGAGCAAUUGCGCGCGCCGCGUCGCAAGCGACCUCGGCUGGGCGGUGCAAAGAAGACCGGUCAAGUACACGGAGCUCGAACAAUUUAGCGAGAUCAUGGCGUGCGGUACCGCUGUGGCCCUGGUCGGUAUUCGGUCCAUCACCAGAGAGAGCACCAGCGAAGUACUGCGAUACUCUGACAAGGAUGGAGAAUUGGGUCCCUACACACAGAUCUUGCAAGAGCAUCUUCGUGACAUCCACAAGGGAAAGACCGCGGAUCGGUUUGGGUGGAUGCACAAGGUCCCUCCCCCGGAAACGGGGACUGAUAGACAGAUAGAUCAUCCAGGAGCUCACUAA